AUGGCAGCAGUAGACGACGAUGGAGUAGCUCCAUCCUUUUCGGAGCCGUUGGAUCUUGUUCGGCUGUCGCUCGAUGAAGUCGUGUUUGUGAAGUUGCGCGGGGACCGCGAGCUCAAGGGCCGGCUUCAUGCCUACGACAGUCAUUGCAAUAUUGUUCUUGGUGACGUGGAGGAGACCAUCUAUAUCGUUGAAGAAGAUGAGGCUGGAGAGGAGACUGUUAAGACAAUCAAGAAACAAGAAGAAAUGCUGUUUGUUAGAGGCUCCGUCGAGUUGAUGGGAGGAGGAAUGGUGGCGAGCACGGAAAAGGGCGACGACGAGGAGGAAGUAUGA